AUGCAUGUCGGGUGCAAGAUGCAUGGCGGGCGCAAGAUGCAUGGCGGGCGCAAGAUGCAUGGCGGGCGCAAGAUGCACGGCGGGCGCAAGAUGCAUGGCGGGCGCAAGAUGCAUGGCGGGUGCAAGAUGCAUGGCGGGUGCGUGAUGCAUGGCGGGGGCGAGAUGCAUGACGGGUGCGAGAUGCAUGGCGGGCGCAAGAUGCAUGGCGGGCGCAAGAUGCAUGGCGGGCGCAAGAUGCAUGGCGGGUGCAAGAUGCAUGGCGGGUGUGAGAUGCAUGGCGGGGGCGAGAUGCAUGGCGGGUGCGAGAUGCAUGGCGGGCGCAAGAUGCAUGGCGGGCGCAAGAUGCAUGGCGGGCGCAAGAUGCAUGGCGGGUGCAAGAUGCAUGGCGGGUGUGAGAUGCAUGGCGGGGGCGAGAUGCAUGGCGGGUGCGAGAUGCAUGGCGGGCGCAAGAUGCAUGGCGGGCGCAAGAUGCAUGGCGGGUGCAAGAUGCAUGGCGGGUGCAAGAUGCAUAGCGGAGUUCUUCCUCUCUCACCUUUUCUCACGCCUUUAAACCCCUUCUCACCCCUUCUCACGCCUUUAAACCCCUUCUCUCCCCUUCUCACCCCUUCUCAUCCCAUCUCAUCCUUCUCAUCCCACCUCUGUCCCCACUCCCCCUUUUCCCCGCGCGCAUGUCACCAGGUGCUGUGCAAGGCGGCAUCAGGCCUGGCUCGCACCAAAGUCAUUCUCUCCAUGCGUCUGGUGCCAAGCACUGCAAGUCAUGGGGAGUCUGUUGAGUUCUGCCUGUUUGCUGUUCUGCCUGGACUCUUUGAGGUGGAUGCAGCAGUACAGCACUUUGGACUGCACGUCACAGUGGCGCCUCUCUUGAUCGGCACGCUCUCUGGUGCUCCUUCGCUUGCGCCUUUUCACUCACCGUCUCAUGCGUUUGCAAUAUGCUGUGGGGGUCAGCUCAUAUACGACGCAGUGCUAGCCCUCGUCUCUCCCUCCGCUUCCAAUCAUCCCGAGCUGCUCUACCCCUCAUGGUACUCACGCUCGGCCUUCCUGGGGGCGCUCUUCUACACAGUAGCAGUGCACUGGACAGCAGUGUGCUCCAGACAUGCUGCCUACGGGGCUAUCGCCUCUGCCAUGGUCUCUCCUACCCCCCUCCCCCUCAACCUCUUUCCUUCUCCUCAUAACAUGUUUCACGGUUGUCCCUUCCCCACCCAUCGCCCACACCCACCCGUACCACUUCUUACCACCCACCCAACGUCCCUGCCCUCCUCAUCCAGCCGCCUUCACUGCCCCCCGCCCUGUUCGACCUUCCAGGUAGCCCACAGUGCGUGGGAGGUCGUGACUGACUCGCAUCUGGACCCCUCUGCACCGCUCUUCAACCUUCUGCACACCAUGCUGUGA